CCGUGACGUCACAUAAUUAGAGUAAAUACAAAGUAGUCUUGAUGGGACAGCGGCGUGCGCCGCACCGUGAGUCGCUGGUCCGCGCGCGUCAAACCUAUAUCGUUUCGAUACACGCACACCGCGUUUGUGUAGCUCGUGAUAUAUCGCGCUAUGUGCCGUCAGUGUGUGUGUGCCAAAGGAUCCUAGAUGACUGUGGGAAUAGUGAGUGACAGUCGUGCAGCAAAGAAAUGGAAAAGAUAGAGUUAUUGGGCGGUGCUUGCUUCAGCCACGGCCCGUACACGUUUUAUAAAGCGGUGAGGAUAGGGAACGGUCGUGUGCUUCGCCUCGGUAGCUUCUUUCUGACGAAAUUGUGGAGCGAUGCCGACUUGGUCAGUAUCGGCGAGCUUCAGCUACUGUGGAUGGAUAGCCGGGGCCCGAAUCAACCUCUGGCGUCCCUACGGCUAUACUUCUUGCCGGAGAACACCCCGGAUGGUCGAAGGGACACGCACGGAGAGGACGAGGUGCUGACGAUAUCGGAGAAAGUUGUGGUUCGCGUUCAUGACCUCGUCACGUGGUUAUCACCAACGCUGGAAUGGUCGUGGGGCCGGGAAGUAUCGUACCCACCGACCCCGACGUCCUCCCCGGAGACCAGCCCGUUGAGGUACGAAAUGCCCCAACCGCAGGUGCUGACCGACCCCGGCAUCGAUUUCUCGGAUGUUGAGAAACAACAGAAGGAAUUCGAGAUCAAUCACUGCACGAGGAAAGCCGAGUACGGGCAGACGAAAGUCGUGGUCCUCUCGUACCCCAGGUACUGUCGGUAUCGCGCCCUGUUACGCAGGCUUGAGGGCGCCGAACCGUCCUGGCUCUGCUCGUCCAUAGCAGCUGCCCUUGGAGGUUUCACCGCGACGCCCGGCACCAGGAUCCUCUUCUGCAGAGACACUUUCGACUACCCGGACCUCGAAACUCACGAGCUCCUCUGCAAUCACCUAGCGCCAAAAUUGAAGGGCAGGCCGAGGAGGAAACGCAAAAAGCGCAGUGCUUCGCCGGGUGAAUCGAGCAAUGAGAGCGAGGCCUCCGUUGCGUCGACGUCGAAAAGCAUGCCGGCGAGUUUGAACGUGAUCAUACCGAGCGUCGGCAGACCACCCUCGUCUGUGGUGCGACGUAGCGAGCGGAAGACCACCGUCGAGGAAAAGAAGUUCCUCACGGACGUCCAGACGUUCAUGAACUCCCGGGGUACGCCUGUCGGAAAGAUGCCACUGCUGGGCUACAAGCAGAUUGAUCUCUUCCUCUUUUAUACAAAAGUUCAAAUGCUCGGAGGCUACGAUUCUGUGAGCGCUGGUCGGCUGUGGAAGAACAUAUAUGAUGACAUAGGAGGUAACACGGGAUCUACUAGCGCAGCAACUAUUACGCGCCGACAUUAUGAAAGGUUGCUGUUACCUUACGAGAGGUAUCAGAAGGGCGAGGAAGCAAAAGUUAGGUUGACGCAUGGAAGACGAACGAAGAGUAGCAGCACGUUGGAAGAGUCAGAGGAUAUCAAACAAGAACCAAGCGAACCAUACCCAUCGGAAACACCUCCACCUGUAGAUAUAAAUCUUACUGCAACAAGCCCACCCCUUCCAUCAAUUAUGUCUACAGCUCCGUUCCUUUCGAGCGAAAAGCCGAAAACGGAGACUGGUAAGACAUCGUCCUUGCGCAGCGUACGAGUGAAGCCAGAACGGCUGAAGUCGUUAAACACUAUGAUCGCCAAUAGUACGCCAUCGCCCAGCCAACAAACUAGCCAACUGCCAAGCCCACCACCUUCUUCUAAUACGUCAAUUUCAACGCCGAGUAGUACACCCUCCACCACACCCACGAACGGUACCAACGGGAGCCAAAGCGUGUUGGAGAGGCAACUGAACAGCCCUCUGAUAUCGCAACAGGUACCACCGCCGUGUUCGCCGCCGGGUCUGCCUGUGACCACAGUGGCAACGAACGCGCCGACGGUCGUUACGUUGACGCCGCCGCCGGAGAAAGAUAUGAAGGAGAUCAAACUUGACCCGAAGCAAACAUCCCUACUGGCACAGGGCAAAGAGAACAUCCCGCUAUUCGGUGAGAAAUCGAUCUUCGCAGAGAAGACGAUCGUACCUCCUAGGUCGCCGGAGGUGAUCGACCUCGAGGCGGAGAGCGAUACCAGCAGGGAUAAGAUAAUCAUUCCCAGCUUCAAAAAGCGGAAGCUCGAGAUCCUUCGCGAGGGCGGCCUCGAAGUCACUGCCGUCGACUUGGACACGCGGCCCACCGUGAUCCAAGCACCUCCUGCACCGGCGACCAUGAAAUCCGAAGAGAAGCCGCCGGUGUCGUAUCCCCUCCCGGACACGCCAAACUCCAUUCCCAAGUUGAUUUCGGUCACCGUGACACCGGACAUCGGGCACAUGCUAUCGUCGCCGCAAGAGCAUCAGCAUCCUCAUCAUCAAGCUCGGUUACAGACGACGCCGACGACGACGAAGCAGCCGCCGGCGCAUCAUAACAAUAAUAACAAUAUCGCAGUGAACAACAACAACGUGGUGAACAGUCGCGUUAUAAACCUCGGCACGUCGAACAACACCGCGUUAUUGAAACUGUAUGCGAACGUGAACGUACCACCGCCCGCGUCGUCGGUCGUCCAUCAACCGAAUCACCGUUUCGUACCGCCAACUGUACCGAACGGUAGGAUACUUCCGCCCAAAGUGACGCAGUCGAGAUCGAUAUUCGCACACAACGAAAAAAUGGUUUACGGCGAUCCGAAAGAGGUUCCCGUCCCUUCCAGUCGUCCCACGUUGCACCGUUUGCAACCGCACCAUCAUAUACAUAAUAACAAUAACGAUCCCGUAUACGGUGGCGUACUCGACUUGACGCAAAAACCUAACGAGAAGCCCGUGUUCCCGCGACCGAGCCUAGAAAUAGUGAAAGUACCUGUAGUGCCGAGGCCUAAUCCAUUGAACCUCGAGAUGAGGAACUCGUCUGCGAUCAAAGAAAAGCCGACGGAUUGUUCAAAGCGUAGCGCGUUCCCCAGUUACCAAAACGUGAUCGACAGCCGGACCAUGGCGUCGAACAACCUGGAGAUAACUAUCGUGAACCCUAAACAAAAGAACAAUCACGUGAACGCGCCGACGCAUGUUCGCGCACCGAGUCCGUCUAGAAACAACACGGCGAUGCCCGUGCAGAGAAGGCAGCACCUGAACGGCAAGUACCCGACGAGGAGUGAACCGAUAUCACCGUACACACCCAGGAAGCCGAGUAGUCACCCUGUUAUACCGAAUGUACCUAACUUGAAUCACCUGAAUAGCGGUAGUCACCCUAGAAUGGCGGCGAUGCAGCAUCAGAAUACGAUUGAUAGGAGAAAAAAUAUGGAAACAGGCGGCAAGGAACAACAUCAACAACAUCAGCAUCACCCGCACCACCAUUUGCAUCAUCAACAUCAUCAUCAUCAACAGCAACACCUUCAUCAUCAGCAGCAACAGCAGCAGCAGCAGCAGCAGCAGCAACAUCAUCAUCAACACCACCAUCACCAUCAGCAGCAACGUCGGAUCAGCGAAGGUGACAAAUCGUUGAUCACGCAGCACCAACAGCAACACCUUCAUCAUCAGCAGCAACAGCAGCAGCAGCAGCAGCAGCAACAUCAUCAUCAACACCACCAUCACCAUCAGCAGCAACGUCGGAUCAGCGAAGGUGACAAAUCGUUGAUCACGCAGCACCAACAGCAACAGCAGCAGCAGCAGCAUCAACAUCAACAACAACAGGAACCGAGGCAAACCGAGGCUGGAAGGCGGCACAGCGUACCGAAUAUACCCUCCGGUUACGUGCCCGUUAUCCAACAGAACAAUCCAGCCUUCAUACAGCAACUGCCAAACACGCCCGGCAAGUUCCUACCGAUACUAGACCCGAUGUACUAUUCCGCGUUCUACAACGGUUUAUUCCCGCCGCCGAUUCCGCCCACGGCUGCCACGACGUUUUUACCGCCGGAAUUCAGCGCUUACUACAAAGAGUUACUUGCUUCCUCGCAACCAAGACUGGGGAUGACGGGGCAGCACCAGCCGGCUGUUCCGACGUCUAAGUAGACAAGAAAAAUGUUAAAUUACGAUGGGAUCUCAUUAGUAGGGUUUCCGAUGUGUAGCGAAACGUCGGUCGUUUUUCUUGUUUCAUUUGUAAAGACUAAGAUCCGUCGGGUUUCCUCGCUUUCGAAAUCUAUUUUCGAUCGGAACGCUCUGCAGAAAGAGGACUUCCUCGUGCGUGUCAAUAAAUUGAAAGGACGAGCGUGUAUUUACGUUUCCCGUACUUCUCUUUUAAUGCUUAACGCAAACGGAGAGUUACGAUUUAAGACGACGAAGAUGGAUACAGUCGCGACAAAGUGUGUACAUGCAUAUAUCAUGCAAUAAAUUAGCUAAUAAUUUUUU